AUGCAUAACUCCACAAAAUUCCCACCAGGCUCCAUUGUCUAUAAUGUGACGGACCAUGAAGGCCAGUGUUUCACAGGGUACUGCAAUGACACCUGUCAUGUAGAUUUGAUAAUGUACCCGUGUGUUACUUCACCUCCAAAGAAACCGUGUCUUUAUGUAAAACCCCCACGAAAGGAUGGUGAAAGUUGGAACAUAGACGACUGCAGCAUUGCAACAUGCAGAGAUGGUGAUAUAAUCGUAAAACCCAGAGAGUGUCCACCCGUGGCUCGUCUUGUGUGUGAAAAUAAAUUCCCGCCUGUCAAAGUGUACGAUGAAGAUGGAUGCUGCUUUCAUUAUGAGUGCCAGUGUCUCUGCUAUGGUUGGGGAGAUCCUCACUAUGUGACCUUCGAUGGAAAAUACUACGGUUUUCAAGGCAACUGUACCUACUGGCUGGUGAAAGAAAUUAUACCCAAAUACAACUUCAAUGUUAUGAUCCACAACUACUACUGUGGUCAUGGCUUGUCCUGUCCUGAGUCCAUUACCAUCAUCUACAAGGGUUUAACAAUCUACAUUAUCCAAACGCAAAACAACGGCGCUGUCCGUAACAAGAUUACUGUCAAUAACAAGGCCAUAUUAAGUCCCGCCUACAAAACCACUGACUUCCGCAUCACCACUGUUGGUAUUAAGACGGUGGUCACAAUCCCAAAAAUCAACGCCAAGAUCACCUUUGCAGGACUUAUAUUCAGCAUAAAACUACCCUAUAACAAAUUCAGCGGAAACACUGAGGGCCAGUGUGGCACAUGUGACAACAACCAGAAAAACGACUGCAGGUUACCUGGUGGUAAAAUUGAUCCUUCAUGUCCAAAUAUGGCGCACGAGUGGCACGUUAACCACACCCACUGCGAGCCUCCGGUUAUGCCCACACCGGGACCGUCACCUACUCCAUGCAAUACAAGCAUCUGUGAUGUCAUCAAGAGCAGUGUGUUUACAGAAUGCCAUAAGCUCAUCCCUUAUGAUCCGUUCAUCCUGGGCUGUGAGUUCGACGUCUGCAACAUGCACGAUGACCACGUGGGUUGCACCAGCAUAGAGAUGUACGCCGACGCCUGCGCCGACGCCGGCCUCUGCGUUGACUGGAGAAGCUCCACCCACGGGCUCUGCGAUUACACAUGUCCCAGUCCUAAAGUGUACAAGGCCUGUGGACCGCCAGUGGAAGUGACCUGCGAUACCCGGUACAGUAAUACACUAAAAUACUACAGUAUCCAUCAAAGUACACCAGCAAAUACUAACAAGCAGCCUUUGGGUUUGAAAGGUACAACCUGA